AAAAAAAACACAGCAAAAGAAAGAGAAAGACAGAGAGAGAGAAGAAAAAAAAAGUAUCCGCAUUAAUGGUGGCGUCACCUACCAGUUGUCUAGUGGUGAGAGAUUAAUGUGAAGAAGAAACCAAACCAAACCAAACCAAACCAAACGAAACGAAAUCUACACUCACACUAACAAUCUCCUUCUCUCUCUUUUGUCUUGCGCCGCGGAGAAUGUGGAACUCGGGGGAGAACGCGUUCUCGCGUUCGACGUCGUUUAGAGACGAAAUAGAAGACGAAGAAGAGCUCCGUUGGGCGGCGUUGCAGCGUCUGCCUACAUACUCGCGUAUCCGCCGAGGUAUCUUCAGGGAUAUGAUUGGUGAGUCUAAAGAGGUCCAAAUUGGUAACCUGGAAGCUAGCGAACAACGCCUACUCCUCGAUCGCCUCGUCAAUUCCGUCGAAAACGAUCCUGAACUGUUCUUCGCUCGUGUUCGCAAGCGAUUCGACGCAGUGGAUUUGAAAUUUCCCAAGAUUGAAGUUCGAUUUCAGAAUCUGAUGGUGGAAUCAUUCGUUCAUGUUGGAAGCAGAGCGUUACCAACAAUUCCCAAUUUCAUCAUUAACAUGGCAGAGGGUUUGUUAAGGAACAUACGCGUGAUUGGUGGGAAAAGGAGCAAAUUAACGAUUUUAGAUGGUAUUAGUGGCAUCAUUAGACCUUCCAGGUAUUAUUCCUACUACUGCAUUUUUCAUUAUUUGCCUUAA